UCGGCUUUUGAGGGGACUCGGUAACGUUGGGGGCGCGGCGGAGUAAGAGAGCCAGCGGGAGCUGGGGCUGAGGGGAGAGAUCACCCUGAGGGACACUGCGGCGAGAUGAUCGUGACCCCCAACCGCGGCACCGGCGGCGCUCCCGCCCGCAGCCGGGGAGAGCUGCCGUUCCGGUCGGUGCCCCUCAGCAGCGUCCCCGGUACGCUGACCCCCUUAAAGGAGCUCGUGAGGGGCCAGGGCGCCCACAGAGCCGCCGCGGAGCCGGCGGGCCGUGGGGAGAGCCGCUCGAGGGGGCCGGCGGCCGACAGCGUCCUCCAGUCCACGCUGCUGGCGGGCAGCGCCGGCGGCGGGGAGGUGCUGAAUGUCAGCGAGAUCCUCCCCGCUCCCGGUCCCGGCCCCGCUCCCGGGCGGUGGCUGAAGCGACCGGCGUGCGAGCUGCCCGCCGGCGAGUCCCCGGCCAAAAUCUUCCAGCGGAUGAAAGCUGAGGCCAUGCGGCAGAACCGGGGCUCGGCGCUGCCCGCGGGAAACGCGCCACUGAGGAGCUGCGGCAGCGACCUGAUCCUGACGCCGAGCCACGCAGAGAAGGGCCAGAGGCAAAAGGGACCUGCCGCGGCAGAAGGCCGGCAGAGGCCCGCCGAGGUGCGCGGUGGGGACAUCCAGCCAGGAAAAGAAUUACUUUGCACUCGCGUUCCUGAGCAGCAGAUCACAAAAGCACUAGCAGUAGACCCUCUUGCACUGGAAUCCCCUCAGAAAUUCUUCUUGCGUGUAAAGAAGAAAUUGCAGCAGCAAAAAGAUUCAACACCUUCAAACCCAACCAAGCAGAACAUUCCUCCUUCCACAACUGCAGAAAAGCCAUUAGUCAAAUCUGCUUUUGCUGAGCAGCUCAGGAGCGAUCCUUCAGAGUACCUGGCCACUGAUAAGGAUGAUCAGGAUAAUUUCCUUGUGGAAUCAGUGGAUGCUGAUGAUGAAAUGUCUCAAAACACAAUGGUUAGUUCUGUGAAUUUAAACUCUACCCCUUUUAAAAAUGGGGAUGAGUUAGCAGAAAGGUGGGGAAAUAGAGGAGCAAAACGAACUGAACUUCACCAAGACAGAAGAGGGCUGCAGGCAAAUAAUACGCGAGCUGCUCAUGGAGUAGAAAAGAAGCUGGAGACUAAUUCUCAAAAGCCGUCUCAGUGCUUAUGCAAUGUGUGUUCUCCCAAAGUCCACGUUCCACAGAAGCAAAAGCCGAAAGAAGGCUCUAAAGUCCCUUUGGAUAAACCUCGCACAGACCAAGUUGCUGGCAAAGCAGACAAAGAGAAAAACAUCUGCCUAACCAGCUGGAGAAUUAAAGUGAUGGAUGGUAACACUGCAAUAUGUGUUGAAGGAAAACGGAAAGAUAUGAAAGAUCUGGUUUGGCAUAGUAAUACCAUUAUGGAACGUGUAGCACACAACCAAGUUAAAACAUCAACUGGCAGUAUCUACUUGCUACAGGGAAAAAUUGAUUCAGCUUUGAUGAGAAAAGAAGGAUUUCCCUACCGUUUCAUCAAAAGAUUUACAUACGGGUUUCCCCAAAAGUGGAAAGAAUACAUAGAGGAGUUUCUUGAGAAAAAAAGAAGGAAAGAACGAAAACAAAAUAGUGGUGAGAAUGAAGAUGAAGAAAGUGACUCAGUGGUAGGUGCUGAUGCGUUGAAAAAUGGAAAAGACUCAGCAGGAAGUGUAAAGAAACCUGAAGCCAGGAACAUCACCUAUGAAGUACUACCGAAAAACAGUGAAAACACUUAUACAACACCAAAGCACAGUUCCAUAUUGAGUGACCGAGUGUACACUCGGAGUGGCCGUCUUGUUAAACCACCAUUGAGUUUCUGGUGUGGGCAACGUGAGUUUGUUGAUCAGGAACUAAAUGUUACUGUAGAAGGAGGUGGAAUCGAUUAUUUGAGCAUGAUGUUUAGUAGUGAAAAAUCCCAAAGACAGACAAGCUCCAUCUCAAAGAAGAAUAAAAGAAAGGCACUAACGAAGACCUCAGAAGAAAUGCCGAAAAGACAAAGUAAAGGGAAAAGCAAUGAGAAAGGGGUAAGUUCCAAAAGAGAAGUCAAGUCCACUGGGAGCAAUAAGGCCAGGCACUUUGUUUCAGAUGAUGAUGCAAGUGAUCGUGCAGUCAACAGUGCAAAAACUGAACGUCAGCUUUCUGCUAAGCUGACUUCCUUAAAUACCGAAGCACUAAACAAACAUACUAGCAGAACCCCAGGAACAUCAAAGGAAAAGAGAGCAGCAGAACAUGGAGAACUGACUAUGUAUCAGCAGGCUUACAAGUACUCUUUAAGGUCAGCCCAACAACUUCGUCAGGACAAGCGCUUAACAGAAGAACCGUCAAGCAAAGAUGAGGAAGAGGAAUCCAGUGAAGAUAUCCCCCUGUCUAUCAAAAGGAAAACUAAACCUUUAUUGAAACCAGAGAUUCAUAACUCUAAACCUUCCUCUAACUGUAGAAAGUCACAGGAUGAUGCAGACAAGGCAUCCUGUGAGCAAAGGACAGUAAAACACAUGACUGCCACCUAUAAUGUGCUGUUGAGGCAAAGUGUACCCAAAUCUAAGGACGGUUCUGAUAUACUUGAAGGAGAAGCACCUUCUACUAGGUCUGGAACUUCCCACCUGCCUGAUAAGGCAGUGAGGACAAGAAACAGAAUCAACCUGCCAAGGCUGAUUGAAUCUGACACUGAGUCUGAAAGCAGUGAAGAGGAAUUUCAUGUAAAAGAAAAGGAUUUAAAACUAGCUGAUAGAAAAACAAACUACAAAGUUCCUAAUACUGCCAAGCCUUCAGCAGAAAAAUCAAGAGAAUCUGAAAGGGAAAAGGUGCAGAAACCUCUACAGCUUUUUCCAAGGGCAGCUGAUGCUUGGUCUGAAAAGGAAUUACAGAAGCUCUACAGGGCUGUUGCAUCAUUUCCAAAGCACAGGAAUGGCUUCUGGGUGGAGGUCGCCAUGGCGGUGGGGUCUCGCUCUGCUGAAGAGUGCCAGCAGAAAUACGUAGAACAACAGGCAACAGGUUCCAAAAUACAUGUCAGGAAGGCCACGGCUUCAGGAAAAUCAGAACAGAAAGAUAAGGAAGAGCCGGUUACAAUAACUGCCAAAGUGGGAACCUUGAAAAGAAAGCAGCAGGUGAGAGAUUUCCUAGAGCAUUUGCCAAAGGACAACCACGAUGAUGUUUUCACUGCGACACCCUUUCAGAAUAGAAGAGUAAAGUUGCCAACGUUCCGGGGAAGCCAAGAUGAUGACGAUGAUGUUUUUGCACUUACGGACAACCCAAUCACACCUUCCUCGGCUGUAUUCCCUAUGGUGAAAACCCCUCAGUGUGAGCAUAUCAGCCCUGGUAUGCUGGUACCCAUCAACAGGAAUGAUUACGACAAGUACGUGUUCAGAAUGCAGAAGAACACGCAGGGCAGCAGAGGCACCUGGGACAACGUCAAGAAGAAGGCGGCUGGAGGUGUGCCUGGUACACCAGCAUCCCGCAGGACCUUCCCGUUCCAUACGCAAGUGACACAGCCCUCUGUGAUAGGGAAGCUCUUCGUGGCAGAGGCAGCAGACUCAUCGGAUGAAGAAGAGGACCAUUCAUCUUUUUCUUUUUGAUGAACUUUGUGGAUUUCAUUAGUUCAACACUUACUAUGCCACUCCUCUAGAGCAGCAUUCCUGUGAUGUUACAAGUUGGCCUGCAGUGGUUUUAUGUGUUUUAGCACCAGGCUUGCCUUGCUGCCUCUCUGGCACCAUGUGUCAUUUCCCAGGUGUACAUAGUGGCACUUCUUUGCCCAGGCUCCUCCUUGCUGUUGCCCUGUUCCUCCUGGGGGAGGGAGAACUGUACACUGAUACCAAUUUCUGGCAAGUUUUGAUUAGUUUUAAGAUAAAAUAUCUUCCUGAAAUACAGUUGUACAAUAAAUGUAUACAGGUAACCAA